UUUGCAACCGACGACAAAUGUGGAAAUACUUCGUAAGGAGCCAAACGACACCUUAAAUUGGUGCCAAAACCACACGAUGUUUGGUGAGACGGCUCGGCAUGCCGCAGCAUGCUCCUAUAAGUUUGAAAAAUGUUGAUAACUGCAACAUUCCUCCCAUCCCGAGCCAUGUUGGACAUGGACAGCUUGGUUCCCCAUCCUCCUCAGCGCCUUGCAGCCUCUGAGCGUCCUUCGGAUCACUUGGCUUUGGUUUUCAAACAAGAAGGGAGAUCCACUAGAGAAUAACCUAAGAGCACUUGUUCGCCCUUCUGCCAUGCCGUUAGUCAGCGGCGAUGCGAAACCGAAACUCGAGCCCGACUCGAACCCGGUAGACGACUCGGAUGGGACAAGCCGUGCUCGGCUGUCCGACGAGGACCUAGAGUCAGCGUCAGAGCAAAGGACACCGAACGCAAAUGGAGCUGGUCAAGCCCCUGAUGGCGGAGCGGCUGCCUGGUUGGUGGUUCUGGGGGCAUGGUGUGCUCUGUUUUGUACCGCUGGAUGGGUCAACAGCAUUGGGGUCUUCCAAGAGCAUUAUCAGACCGAAAUGUUCAGCGACUAUGAUCCAAGCACCAUUGCGUGGAUACCUUCACUGCAGGUAUUUUUCCUGUACGGCGCGGGCCCAGUAGUUGGUGCAUUGUACGACAAGUUUGGUCAGAGGUGGUUGGUCCCCCUUGGAAGCGUUUUACAUAUCUUAGGCCUCAUGAUGGCGAGCCUCGGCACCCAAUAUUACCACAUCCUUCUUGCCCAGGGCUUUUGUUCGGCCAUUGGCGCCUCCAUGAUCUUUCAGCCAGCCUUGAAUUGCGUUCAUGGCUGGUUCAGCACAAAACGAAGCACUGCCUUCGGCGUUGUCAUGACCGGGGCCAGUAUUGGUGGCAUCGUCUUGCCUGUCAUGCUCACCCGUCUCAUCCGCGACCUCGGAUUCUCCUGGUCCAUGCGCAUCUCUGCCUUUUCCAUGCUUGCGCUCCUGACAAUUGCCAACCUCACACUCCGGAGCUAUACUUCACCAGCGGCUCGAUCGAACCCACUUAGGUCCGCAUACCUGAAACCGUUUACCGAAACUGAGUUUGUUCUGGUGGCCUUUGGUUUUCUCUGCUUGACGUAUGGUAUCUUCGUGCCCAUCGACUACUUGCCCGCCUCAGCCAUCCACGCCGGCAUGGCUCGCGGCCUGUCCCAAGACCUGGUGCCCAUUUUCAACGCCGGAUCUCUGGCGGGACGUCUUGCGGGAGGGUACAUCGGAGACAAAGUCGGAUGCUUCAACGCCUUCACUGGAACCUGCUUUCUCACCGGUGUCUGGAUCUUGGCCCUCUGGAUCCCGGCCGCGAGCGACGCGGCCAUUGUCACGUUCGCAAUCCUCUUUGGCUGCUUCUCGGGCGGAUACGCGUCGCUUCUCUCGCCUGUCUUGGCGCAGAUCUCUCCCAUGCACGAGAUAGGGUUCAGGACGGGCAUUGUUCUUUUCAUGGCGUCCAUCGGCGGGCUGACGACCAACCCUAUCAGUGGAUCCAUCUUGAACGGGGAAGACAGCGGGUGGCUCGGUGUCAAACUCUUUGCCGGCGUCUUCGCCAUGCUUGGUACUUUCAUGUUCUGCGUUGCCGCGGCGAAAGUACGCCGGCCUGGAUGAAAAGCCGGAUGCACUCGAACUUGAACUGAAAUGUCGUUAGAUAUAAGUAACAGGUAACAUGCUAGGGUGGCCUUUAAAGUUUAGAUCGCGCUGAGGCGUAGCUAUGUGAAACGGCCUUUAGGUAUGUACCUUCAGCAGGGCUACCUUACUAUAGCAGUGAAUCCUCAACAACACAUCAUGUAUCAUUUUCUCUUUAUUGCCUGGCUAUCACCCAUAGCCUACGUGACCCUACGUCGCUGAGCGGAACCUCUGUUGCAUUCUCUGUUGCAGACCUACUUAAGGUAGGUUAUUGGGCCCUCUUGUAUGACAUCGCGCGAGCGCUUAUUAGCAGCUCACUUUAUAGUUUAUAAGCCGCACCCUGAUACACGGUAUACCCGUGUUGCCUCCGGUCAUGUCCCCGAG